UGACCUGCCGCUCACACUGUCGUGUCACCGUAACAAGUCUGAGAUCUCACUGAGGCGGGGAGAGAAAACGCUUCAAACGCGCGCACCUGCGCUCCCGGUUAUGCGUCCCAGCUUGCAGACGAUGGUCCAAAGGACGUGGUGAGCGCGCGCCAUCCCGGUCAGUCUCGUGGCUCGGUGUCCUCUUAGCUGACAAUAAACAGAUGAGGGCUGCCGCGGGGCCUGUGCCACCCGAUGGGAGGAGAGGACGGAGUAGAGGGCAGGUCCAGCAGGGCGCGGUCUCCUUCUUCUCCCGCGGCACCUCAUCUGUUCUGUAGUAGGAUCUCUUCCAUUCCCAUUUCUGCCAACAGCCCUGCGCCACAGGGACGCAUUGAGAACAAACCCGAGAGGCAGAAACCGCUGCGGGGACACCCUUUGACCGCCGUGCCCAACAGGCGCAGCCAGCACCGCGCGCCUCCGCGUCUGUCUGUAGCUCUUUUCUCACAGCUUCGACACAGAGAGACAGCUUUGAACCUGCCUGCCAAAACAAACUCACCUCGCCUAUUUAUGCCCCUGCCUCUGCGUGCGCUCGGGACAGGAGAGUGUCAGCUGCUCUGAGGACAGGUUCAGGUCUUCCCGGCUCGUCUCCAGCGGCGCACUGGUCACUUUUACGCGCCAGGAAUGGCUACUGUUGGGGACCCGGGGAUGAGUCCUGCUCCGUUACCUCCACUCUAAAAUCAUACGGGGGGGGGGGGCACAUCAAAAGAAAUCCAGUGGUGACAUUUUGGCCACCCGCCGGCCCCGGGGCGGAAUGCUGCUCCCGACGCUGGUGACGUACCUCGCCGGGUGCGCCUUUCUCCUCUCGCCUGUCAGCGAGGGCUGCGGGCCGGGUAGAGGCUAUGGCAAGAGGCGGUCACCGCGGAAACUCGCACCGCUCGCCUACAAGCAGUUCAGCCCCAACGUGGCCGAGAAGACUUUGGGGGCCAGCGGGAGAUACGAAGGGAAAAUAACCCGGAACUCUGAGCGCUUCAAGGAGCUCACGCCGAACUACAACCCCGACAUCAUCUUCAAGGAUGAGGAGAACACAGGUGCAGACCGCAUGAUGACACAGCGCUGCAAAGACAAGCUGAACUCUCUGGCCAUCUCGGUGAUGAACCUGUGGCCCGGGGUCCGGCUGCGGGUCACCGAGGGCUGGGACGAGGACGGCCACCACUCGGAGGAGUCGCUGCACUACGAGGGCCGGGCGGUGGACAUCACCACGUCGGACCGAGACAGGAACAAGUACGCCAUGCUGGCACGACUGGCGGUGGAGGCUGGGUUUGAUUGGGUCUACUACGAGUCCAAGGCCCACAUCCACUGCAGCGUCAAGUCAGACCACUCAGUGGCGGCUAAAUCUGGAGGUUGUUUCCCCGGCGAGGCCUUGGUCACGCUGGAGAGCGGCGGUCAGAAGUCCAUCAGUGACCUGCGGUCCGGUGAGCGAGUCCUGGCCUCAGCAGGCGGCGACGGCAGUGGGGAACUGGUUUACAGUGAGGUCCUGGCCUUCCUGGACCGUGACCCCGUGACCUGGAAGCUCUUCUACACCCUGCAGACAGAAGCUGGAGCCCGCCUUUCGCUCACCGCUGCCCACCUGGUAUUCGUGUCUGAGGGGAACUGCUCAGAGGGGGCGGUGCCGUCCCGCGGCGCCCUCAGGACAGUGUACGCCAGCGACGCCCAGCCGGGACAGUGUGUGCUGGUGUCGGAGGGUAAAGCGGGACAGAAACACAGCGAGGGGCGUCUGUCUCGCAUCACCCAGGUCAGAGUGAGGGGGAGCAGGGGAGCGUUCGCACCGCUGACCCGGCAGGGGACGGUGGUGGUGGAUGGGGUGGUGGCGUCCUGCUACGCGGUGGUGCAGCAGCACUCUUUGGCUCACUGGGCCUUCUUGCCGCUCCGCCUGAUUCACAGCUGGACUGGAUCCACCGGGAGCCACAGUGAUGGGAUCCACUGGUACUCACAGCUUUUGCACUGGCUGGGGAGGAUGCUGCUGGACUCUGGACACUUCCACCCACUGGGCGUGGCUCAGGACGACAGGUGAGGAAGGAACAAAGGUAACACGGGUGGACAUCGUUGUCAAAAACAAACCAGACCCGAAUCCCUCACUUUUUACCUGGGAUGACCCAAAAACAAGCCUCCAGAGCAGAACAGGACCGUGGACAGGAUGGGAGACGUGUUCACUUCCUGCUGAGGCCUGAGGGGAAUUUUCCUUUGGCGGGACAAAGAGGGAAGAAGCUGUGAACUGACGCAGAUAAAUCACUCAGAGUCAAACGACUCAGAAAAGUGCAGGUGUUUCAGACUUUUGGUGACACUCGUAUCCUUCAAACUAUGAAACAAUAAUCCCUUAAAAAAAUCCUUAAUCUUAGCUUAAAAACACGGCAGACUUUGAAGUGAGGAUGUUUGGUGUGGGAGCCAGAGAUCCUUUACUUUGUCCAUUCACAUGAAAAACCAAACCCCUUAAAAACUCAACCAGUAACUGACUGUCGUGGGUCAGUGACGUUCCCCAUCAGUUGCACAUUACUGAUGAGCUUGAGGUGUUUGUGUGGGGAAUUUCAGUGUUUUAAUGGCUUUUCUUCAUGGAUCCAAGAGGUUAAAAACACCCUGACACACAUCCUUCAAUUUUCUAUUCAAAUGAAGGCACUUUUAUAAGGUAUAAAAUAAAGAAUUUUUGUGUCACACGGUAAACUUUAAGGCAUUUUCACUUCUUAAAAAGGCCUUAAGCCAUGUUUUGUGUCAUUAAUUAUGGCAUCAUUUUGAAUGGCUGUAAAUCAAGUGAUGGCUUCGAUGUUGUUUUGGUCACAUCAAAUUCAUGAAUUCCUAAAUUAAUUUACCCGUAAAUACUGGAGGACUGAGUUAGAAUGGCUUUAGAUAUCAUGAAUUUACACCCAAACAAACCUCAAAUUGAUAAUUAACUGAUUUGUGAAAAAUGUGUGAAAGUUACUGUUGAAGUCCUUAAAGCAUGCAGUGCAAAAAGCCAUGAAAUAUCUUUAUUAUUUUAAUGUGAUUGGUUAAUUAGUGGACUUUUAAGGUAACUCUUGAAGGGAUUUAGUUUCAUAGUGAGGUCCACAGAGAUGCUGUGCUCUUUGUAUGUAACAUUACUGCUUUAAUACAGAGAUUUUAGAAGAAAUGAUUAGUGUAUUUAAGUGUUCUUUGUUUACAGAAAUCCAAUAAUGUUUAUGAAGUGCUUAUGGGUGAAGAGAUAUUAAAAAGAUUUAUUUUUGAAAUUAAAUUAUAUGGAAAUGA